AUGUCAUUCAAAGUAUUAUCAGCCAAAUUAGCAGCUUCUGUUGAUCAAGAAUUGAUGAGUUCUGGUGGGCUUUCAAUUGAUCAAUUGGUGAUAUAUGGUACUUCAGGAUUAUGUGUCAAUUUAUUAACAAAGGUACUUCUAGGUGGUGAUGGAUUAGUUGCAGCUAGACAUUUAAAACUAUGGGGAUUCAAUCCUUCAAUAUAUUAUCCUAAACGUUCUUCAAAACCUUUAUUUCAAGGUUUAGAAACUCAAUUAAAGAAUUUAAAUAUUGAAUUUAUUGAUUCUGACUUAGAUCCUCAUACAAUUGAAUCAAAAUUUCAAUUAAUCAUUGAUUCUAUAUUUGGAUUUUCAUUCAAUACAUCAGGUGGUAUAAGACCACCUUUUGAUGAACUAAUCAAAACUGUUAAUAAGACUACAAUCCCAAUCUUAUCUGUUGAUAUCCCAUCAGGUUGGGAUGUUGAUGAAGGUUAUGUCUCUGGUGGGUUAAGAUCACCAGACGUAUUGAUUAGUUUGACAGCACCUAAACCAGUGGCAAACCAUAUGUCUCAAAACACACAACAUUUUGUUGGUGGUCGAUUCAUUGGGAAAGAAUUUGCUGAGAAGUAUGGAAUUGAUUAUUAUGAUUAUAAAGGGUCUGAACAAACGUUGAAACUAAGCAGAGAGUAA